AUGUCAGACAUCAAUAAGAAAAGGGUAAAGAUGAAUUCCGAGCUCAUCCGCCAAGGAAUUAACCAAUGCCUCACCCUCGAAGCAGAUUGUAAAGCCUUGAAGGAGAAGCUAGCAGAGAACCAGGUUCAUAUUGAGGAGCGCGAGGCUCAUAUUCUGCAGUUGAGAGCCGAUCAUGAAGAACUCAAGGAGAAACUGGCAGAGAAAGAUGCCAUCAUUGAACAGUACAGGAAUACGAAGUCGAAUGUGACGGACAGAACCUGGUUCCUAGAACAUAAGGACUUGAGAGCCGGUGCGGCCGAGGUGUCUUUGGCGUUGGAGCAGGUUACGAAUAUUGAGCAGUCAGGUCACUCGAGAGCACACCAACCUCGCGCCCGAAGACAUAAUAUCAUCCGUCAGAGUGCUCUAACGAAACAGUCUCAGAUACAAAGUCCUCGAACUUGGGCUCACAACCGAGAGUUCAGGCCUAGACUCACGAGACAAGAUGCUCAGAUGUAUAUGUGUAAGGAAGAUAGGAAGAAGGCCAAGAGUGAUACUUUGUUGGCUCUGGCAUACGAAGGAACAACUCAUGAAGCCGAGAAAUCGAUGGAGAAAUUGAAAGGUAUGGCGAGUACCCUGAAGCUGCACUGA